CCUAACUGACAGAUCAGAGGGGGACUAAACAGCCAAGUUUCAUUUGGAACUUAACUGCUGAAAAUAUAGUCCAAUUACUUCAUGGGAAAAUAAUGGCCAUCAAGAACAAUAGAUUUUAAGUUUGUUUAUGUGACUAACAGAGGAUGACAGCACCAAGAUCUACAAUCAGCAACAGGAGACUGUUGUGAUGCUGAAUUUCAUGUGUCACCCAUGGGUGGCAUGGUUAGGAGUGCUGCUGUUCUUUGUCAUGGUCACUCAGUCAGUCCUUAAACCAGCAAUGCCUCCAGUGAUCAAGAAGCAGCCUUUCAACAUUUUCUGGGCUGCCCCAACAGUGUACUGUAAGGACUUCUUCAAAGUAGACAUGAAUCUUCAGGUGUUUAACAUUAUAACAAAUCCUUUCGAGACUCAGAGUGGAUCAACGAUUGCCAUCUUUUAUCCAAAUGAAUUGGGAUAUUACCCUUAUUUCUCUCAAAAUGGAAAAUCAUUCAAUGGUGGCAUACCACAGAAUAUGAGCCUUUCUGCUCACCUUAGUAAAGCUACUACUGAUAUUGUAAAAACUGUCCCGUGGUGGCAAUCAGAAGGACUUGUUAUUAUUGACUGGGAUAAUUGGAAACCCCAGUGGGUUAGAAACUGGGGCAACAAAAUAAUAUAUAAAAAUCACUCUUUAGCCUUCACUAGAGACCACCAUCCUGACUGGUCAGAAACAAAAGUGACAGCAGCUGCCCAACAGGAAUUUGAAAAUGCAGGAAGGAGUUUCAUGAAUGUUACUCUUACACUGGCUUUAGAAAUGAGACCCAAACGCUUAUGGGGCUUUUACCGCUAUCCAGAUUGCUAUAAUUAUGAUUAUAGAAUAAAUCCAACGUUUUACACAGGCGAUUGCCCAAAUGAAGAAAUUGUCCUCAAUGACCAGCUCUCAUGGCUGUGGAAUAAAAGCACAGCACUUUAUCCUUCAAUACACUUGAAUAAAGUGUUGAAGUCAAGUUUAAAUGCAUUGAAAUUUGUUCAUUACCGAAUUAGGGAAGCCAUGAGAAUUGCUGAAAUGGCUAGACCCGACUAUGUUUUGCCAGUUUUUAUUUUUUCCAGGCCAUUUUAUUUGAAUAGUAUUGAAAUUCUGUCAGAGGAGGACUUAGUGCAUACAAUUGGCGAAAGUGCUGCCUUAGGGGCAGCAGGAAUAAUAUUGUGGGGAGGACGUGAAUAUAUUGCAUCAAAGGAGGCCUGCUUGUCGGUGCAGCGAUCUAUUCAGUGGCCUUUGGGUCCCUACGCUGUGAAUGUGACAACUGCAGCCAAGCUCUGUAGUCAAAGUCUAUGUAGCAACCACGGGAGAUGUGUUCGAAAAACACCUGAAUCAUCCUUUUAUUUGCAUAUGCCUGAAAGCAGCAGCAAGAAACACAUCUCAAACAAGAGCUUCAGCUUUGUCCUUUCUGAAAAGAAUAAGCAGAAGACAAUAAUGGACAUGAAGGAAGGAUUUAUGUGCCACUGCUAUUAUGGCUGGCACGGGGAGUCUUGCCUUGACUCUUCAGAUCUCUUGAGUUGGAAGAACAAGGCUCCUACUGCUAACUUUAAUUUACCAGUGUUUCUUGGCCUAAUCAUAUCUGCAAUUCCACUGAAUUUUUUAUUCUCUACUACAAUGUCACUUUUUGUUUGA